AUGGAGCCCUCACGCCCUCGUCGGCGUGCAGCAGCUGCGACGUUGUCGCUUCUGCUGUUCCUGGCGGCUGCAGGGCCUGUUGCCGCGCAGCCGCAGCCGGCCAAGCCCCAGCCCGCGGCGGGCGCCGCGGCCGCUUCGGGCACCGACGCGCCCGCAACCCUGGGCCCGCCGCCUCUAGACACCGGCCAGCUCGUUGCCCAGGCCGCCAGCAGCGACGCGCUAGCCGUGCCGGAGCCCGACGUCCCGCUCAGCCUGGUCGGGCCGCAGGAUCCCCAGGCGUUCGCGGCGUCGCUGCCGCGCUGCUGGUGGGCACGGCAGGCGACACUCGUUGGCCAGUCCCUUGUCACCUACGAUUGCAGGGUCCGGGCGCCUGGUUUGGACGGCAACGUCGCCUCACUGCUCGAGCGGCCUCUGACCAAUGGCUACAUACAGUGA